AUGUCAUCACAGUGUAAAGGAAAGGGUUCAUGGCCCGAGCUCGUUGGGGUGAAGGGAGAGACUGCUGUGGCAAUAAUUGAAAGGGAGAAUCCUUUGGUCACUGCUAUCAUUGUGCCAGAAGGUUCAAGCAUCAUCCUGGACGUUCGUUGUGAUAGGGUUUGGGUUUGGGUUGACAAGAAUGGCAUCGUUUAUUUGGUCCCCAAAAUUGGUUAG